AUGACAGAUGGGAACUCCAAGAAAAGCAAGCUCUCCUGGUCCAAGAAAAUGGUCAGAAAGUUGUUCAACAUCAAGAGCAAAAAUGAGGAGUUUCAAGCUGAUGAUGUUUACGGAGUUUCUCUGCAACCAAAGGGUGAAGUUGAGUACAGGACUAGCUUCUCAGAGAGGGAGCCAUGUACAAUAAAAAAGAGCAAAACAGAGAAAUUUAGCAAGAAUCCAGAGCAGGUCCGGCGAGGUAGAAUGAAUCUUGACCAUCCUCGUAUCAUAGACGUGCAAAACCACAGUAUAUUUGUAGCUUCAUGGAAUGUGGCUGGAAGAUCCCCUCCGAGUAAUUUAAGUCUUGAUGACUGGCUUCAUGCUUCACCUCCGGCAGAUAUUUAUGUUCUUGGAUUUCAAGAGAUAGUUCCUUUGAAUGCUGGUAAUGUUCUUGGUGCAGAAGACAAUGGCCCUGCCAAAAAAUGGCUGGCUCUCAUAAGAAAGACUCUAAACAAUCUUCCUGGAACUAGUGGAAGUGGGGGAUGCUAUACACCAUCUCCAAUCCCUGAGCCAAUAGUAGAAAUAAAUGCAGAUUUCGAGGGAUCAUCUAGACAAAAGAAUGCUUCUUUCUUUCAUCGCCGGUCAUUCCAGACAACCCAUAGCUGGAGAAUGGACAAUGAUCCUUCAAUUCCACAGCCACGACUUGAUCGGCGAUUUAGUGUAUGUGAUCGGGUAAUAUUUGGUCACAGGCCAAGUGAUUAUGAUCCUAGCAAUAGAUGGGGUCAUAGACCUAGUGAGUACUCGAGGCCUAGUGAUUAUUCCAGGCCUAGUGAUUACUCCAGAUGGGGUUCCUCGGAUGAUGAUAAUGGGCCUGGGGAAUCCCCAAGUACUGUAUUACACUCACCAGUGUCAUAUGGUGGUUCCUAUUCUGCACCAACUGAAGAUGGAUAUAGGAGGCCAGGGUAUUCAAGGUACUGCUUAGUGGCAAGUAAACAAAUGGUUGGCAUAUUCCUGACAAUAUGGGUAAGGAGUGAAUUAAGGGAUCAUGUCAAAAACAUGAAAGUAUCUUGUGUUGGCAGAGGAUUGAUGGGUUACCUAGGAAAUAAGGGAUCUAUUUCAGUCAGUAUGUCCUUGCAUCAAACAAGCUUUUGCUUCAUUUGCAGCCAUUUAACCUCCGGACAGAAAGAAGGUGAUGAGUUAAGAAGGAAUGCAGAUGUCAUGGAGAUUCUUAAGAAGACAAGGUUUCCAAGGGUUCAGAACAUGGGUGAUGAGAAGUCCCCAGAAACAAUCCUUGAGCAUGAUCGAGUUAUUUGGCUUGGGGAUUUGAAUUAUCGUAUUGCCCUGUCUUACCGAGCUGCCAAGGCACUAGUUGAGAUGCAAAAUUGGAGGGCAUUGUUAGAAAACGACCAGUUAAGGAUAGAGCAGAGGCGAGGUCGUGUUUUUGUGGGAUGGAAUGAGGGGAAAAUUUAUUUUCCACCAACAUACAAAUAUUCAACUAAUUCUGACAGAUAUGCAGGAGAUGAUAUGCACCCAAAGGAGAAACGUCGGACUCCAGCUUGGUGCGAUAGAAUUUUAUGGUAUGGAGAAGGCCUCCAUCAAUUAUCUUAUGUACGUGGGGAAUCUCGGUUCUCAGAUCACAGGCCUGUCUAUGGAAUAUUUUGGGCAGAUGUUGAGUCGAGCCAUGGCCGAUUGAGGAAAAGCACCAGUUAUUCGAGCUCCAGAAUUGAGGUAGAGGAGCUUUUACCAUACUCACAUGGAUACACAGAACUGAACUUUUUUUGA